AUGUCACAGCGUCACGCCGAGGGCACUGGUGGCGCAGACCUUCAGCGUAAAUUGGACCUCCUUAACGGCACUCUGGACGCUGAGAGGGCGGAACAAGCGCGGAGACAGAUGCAGUACAUUGCGCAUUCUGGUUAUUCGGAAGACUCCGACUAUACGUCGGAUCUAAACUAUCCGGUGGGCCAGCAUGCGAACUGCAGCGCUUCUCAGUUUAGGAGUGCGGCGCACCAGAUGCACACGCCACAGAGGUCAUUGGAGGCAUCGAGGGAGAAUUCGUACGAGAGAGACGAGUAUCAUAUACAUGGUGACACCGAUCCACUUUACUACAAUAGCCAGCCGAGAACAAAUAGAAUAGAGACAUGGUCGCAGUUGCACGCACAAGCCAGCGUCGAGUCGGCUAUAUCAUGGCGAACGGCCGCUGAUUGGCAGUCUGGAGAAGAGCAACGGCGGCCGAGUCUGGAGCGUCAGAACACGUUGUACGAUGACAGCAUGGGUUUCGGGUACGACACAUACACCGCUACCACGCACAUUAGGGACCACUCACAUUUAUCGCAGCAGGCCAGCUAUGAAGAGUAUUACGACUCCAGUAGCUACCCGUAUCCGACGUAUGUGGACGACUCGCGGCAAUGGGACAGUGGGGGUCAGUACGGGGGGCUCUACGACUAUGGUCUCACCCCCACUGAGUACGAGAACAUCGUCAAUAAGCGCCGCUCUUCUGUGGUGCAGCUGCCUCAGGUGCCGACCAAGCAGUCGAUGAUGUCGUCUCGGUACUCGGACUACAAUGAGAUGGCGCCGUAUAGACCACGGCCGCGACGGACAGCGGCCAGUCUACCUGCGACGCCAUCAUCGACGCCGAAGCGCGGUCGCGUGCUGCCCGUGCCGCCGGGCAGCGACGCGAGCUCGGUGCGGUCGCGCGGGCGCCGCUUGCCUCGUCCCCCGCCGGCGCCCGCGCCUGUGCAGCCCGCGCUCCCCGCCGCCCCCGCGAGGCUACAGCCCGCGCCGCCCGCGCCUGCGCCAGCCGCGCUUGUACACACGCACGUGCCUUACGUACCCGAACCCGAAAAAGUAGUAACCAGUGUGAGUUAUGGUUACGACAGUUAUGGGUAUCAGUCUGAAUACCAGGACACUGCCACUGAACAGUUUCAGGAUAAUAAUUACACUACAAGUUAUGAUGAGGAUGGGAUGCAACCGUUCUUUGAUGAAACGCCACACGCUACACCGCCAGCCGCUGCUCAAAAAACGCCAUGGACUGAAACUGAAACGUCAACACAAUUUACUUACCCAGUAGCUAGUGAAGGGGAAUCAUUAUUGCCUAAAUCUGUGCCAUCGACAAUAUCUUCAUAUUUACCGCAACCGCCUGUAACAAGCCAACAAGAGAUUUACCAGGACCAAAAUUAUCAGCGAUACGAUUAUCAAUAUGAUAGCCAACAAUAUCAAUAUGAACAACAAGACCAAUAUCAUGAACAACAUCAGUAUCAGGAAAAAAAUGAUUAUCAAUACCAACAACAAUAUCAAGAUGAACAAACACAGCAUCAAAUAAGCCAACAGUACGAUCAAGAACAACAAUAUGAGGACGAACAGUAUCAGUAUCAGCAACAACAGAACCAACAAUAUCAGCAGCAACAGGAAUAUGAACAAGAACAGCAGUUAGAGUACCAACAACAGCAACAGUUUCAACAACAAAAAGAUUUGCAACAGCAACAACAGCAACAGCAGCAACAAUUGCAGCAUCAACAACAGCAACAACAACAGAAACAGCAACAACUUCUACAACAACAACAGCAGCAACAACAGCAAAAGCAACCAGCACAACAAUUACAAUCGAGUGUAUUAACCGGUGCCGCGACAUUAGGUUCAUUAAUGGCUGGUGGUGCUAAAAAAUUAGGUAGUUUCUUUGGUGCCGCGGCUGCUGCUGUAGCUGCCCCAUCGGUUCCCCAACCUCCACAACAGUCAAUAGCAGUAACAACAGCGCCCACGACGCAGUUCACUUCAUCCGUAGCUCCCGUCACGCCGUUCACAUCAACAAUUCCAGUCACAACGUCCGUCCCAGAAGUAUCGCCCGCGGUGCCAACGUCCACAGCGACGACUACUGUACCUACUUUACCAAGAACUCCAUCUCUUAAAAGACAGGAGUCAAUACAAAGACCUUCUGUGCGUCGAACACGGACGUUACCUGACGCACCAGAAGACUUAGCCCAGUCGAGUAUCGACGAAAGUGCCUACGAGGACGAGUACCAUAAGACUGAAUAUGAACAAACAAUAGAACGCGACAGGACUUCUCUGGAGAGGUAUCGUGAUGAAGAAUAUCCUCACGACCUUACCUAUGAAGAGGAGAUUGAAGAAAGGCGGAUGUCUGAAGCUCCCAGCAGUCCACGGAGUCCCAGUAUACAAAAAACUGCGUCUCCUACGAGAAGCUUAUCUCAGAUGAGAAAGCCCUCGGUGGAUAGUUAUCAUAGCCAAACGCCGUCAAUAAUUGACCGCAGAACGUCACAAAGUUCUUUUCAUCAUGAAGAAAAAGUUGCUGUUGUGACGACGCAAGAAGAAACGAUAACGGAAAAAUCCAAAGUAACGUUUCAAGACAGUCGGACGACAUACCACGAGGUACCAGAAGAGAACGAUAGGUUUCAAACGCAAGAAUCGUUUGACGAACACGUUGACGAGUAUCAGGACGAUACGUAUCGCGAAGACGAUACCUUUCACGAGCAAGAUGAGAAGUUCGACGAUCAAGAUCAGUUCCAGAGAGACGACCAGUACCAGGAGGACAGUGUGUUCCAGGAGCAGGAGAGGCACGAUGAGCAGGCGGAGUUCCAGCCUGAGCAGCCGAAGCUCACGCCAAAGCAGAGGUGGCACCGGGCGUACAACAAGAUCGUUAUGCAGUUGAACGGUACGAAAACAUUGCGCAAGCGAUGGCGGAAACGCGCGAGGCCGCGAUACCGACAUCCUGCGGGCGACCGUGGCCCUAUUGAUACCGCACCUAUCGACACUUUGUAUGCAAAUUCACCAGGUGACAACUCCGCGCAGUUGUAUCGCAGACGCGAGUGUGUUAUAGACAUGUUUCGAAGUAGAAAAGGUCAGGCCAUCAGCGAGGCUGAUGUCAGGCGCGAUCAGGCGUAUCAGAGUCGGUCGGUAAUGUCUGGAUCGCGGCUUCGAGUCCGUCGUGGGUCGAGUUUGACGGAUUUGGACAAGUUGCGAUGCAGCGGCGGCUCGAGCGGUGGCGGUUCUAUCGGGGAUCUGAUGAACAUGUUCAGCGGGAGUGCUACCUCGGUGGGGAGUGACACGCUAGUGGCGAGGACUGUCCCUCUAGAGACGGUGCGGCGGAAUAUCCCGCCGAUGACGACCCCGCCGUCGCGCCCGCCCUCCUCCCCGCUCAUCCACGUGUCCCGGCCUUUGGGGCCGUUAACCAUGGCCCAAAGAACUCUCAGAUUUAGUAGACUGUUAAAAUACCAGCCAUGUUCCGCGGAUGUUCUCAUUACUCUGGUGAGUUAUUGA